AUGAGCCUUAUUAACUCUGAUACCAAAAUGGUUUUAACAUUUAAAAUCUUUGACACCAUAAAUGUCGUGGUGAUAUUUAUUAUCACCACAUAUUUGCAACUAUUGUGUCACUCGGAACUCAAUCACUCGUUAAGUUUGCAAGUGCAAAAUACUUCUGCUGACAAUUCAACGGCGAUUCAUAGCUUCGUCAAACCUGGGGACCUGAAAAAAAUUUACAGACAUCAAAGGCAGAAUAUUAAAGUCAGGAAAAGAAUUACUGCCGGUAAUUAUAGAAAUUGGAGUAAAUGGUCGCCUUGUACUAAAUCAUGUACAACCCAGCGUCAAAGAUGGUGUAGAGAGCCAGGCACUUGUGAACGUGACGUUAUAAGAGAAACCGCUUACUGUUAUGUAAAAGGAAGUUUUUGUCAAAAGUGGAUAUACCGAAAAGUCCGGAAAGGAUUUAAGAAGUAUCCAGACGCUGUAUUUAAAAUCUUACAAAUAAUUUACACCAUACUUAGUGUAAUAAAUUUUUUAUUGCACAUGACUAAUGAUCUAUUAGAUGAGUUGCAAUCAAACUCUAACAAAAUAAAUAAUUACAAUUACAAUUACAAUAACUACGAUGAUAAUAAUUGGAAAUGCGGGGUUACUGAACAAGAGAAGCAAAGCAAGUUAUCUUAUUUAUUGAGGAUAAUUGGUGGACAUCCGGCAGUAGCUGGGAAUUGGCCUUGGCAAGUCGCAAUCCUUAAUCGAUAUCGGGAGGCCUUCUGCGGUGGGACAUUGGUGUCUCCAAAGUGGGUGCUUACCGCAGCGCACUGCAUCCGCAAGCACAUCUACGUGCGGCUUGGAGAGCACGAUUUAACGGUGAAAGAAGGAACGGAGCUGGAGUUUAUAAUAGACUCGUCUUUAUCUGUGAAAAUCCAUCCCGACUACGACACAGAUACGGUUGACAAUGAUGUAGCGCUUAUAAGUUUGCCUUACUCAUUAAAUCCAUCAUCUUCACGCGGGAUCGCUUGCCUCCCGUCGCCUAAUCAGCCGCUUCCUGUUAAUCAGCUCUGCACAAUUAUCGGUUGGGGAAAAUCUAAGACAACAGACAACUUUGGGACCGAGGUUCUCCACGAAGCGCGUAUACCCAUUGUCUCGUCGGAGGCGUGCAGAAACAUGUAUGAAGACUACAAAAUUACCAAUAAUAUGUUUUGCGCGGGGUACCACCGCGGCAGAAUGGAUUCUUGCGCCGGCGACAGCGGGGGACCGCUUUUGUGCCGAGAUCCCAGUAGGCCUAAUCAUCCUUGGACCAUUUUUGGCAUCACGAGUUUCGGUGAAGGCUGCGGCAAACGCGGUAAAUUUGGUAUUUAUGCCAAAUUGACAAACUACAUCAACUGGAUUGCUACUGUCAUGAAGGAUUCUUCUUAACAUACUCAAUAACAAAAUCCAGUCUUUCUUGAUCAAUAGCUCCAUCGUCCAUGGUAUUUAUUAUUCAUUUAAUUUUAUUUUAUUUUAUUCUAAAUUUACAGUGACAGCGUCGUUAAGUGUGACAUAUGUAUUAGGUCGAAAUUGUGACAUACAAAAAGAAUUUAAAAAGAAAAAAAAAUUAAUAAUUAAUGACCUAGAUCCUUACAAUUAGCUGAACGGAAUAAAAAUAUCUGCGACUUAAUUCUAUAUAUUAUUUAAAAAUCAAGAUUAAACUUAUGAUAAAUGAAUUUUAAAUUUGAAGGAUAAAAAAUUAAUCAAAACGAAACGACGCACGGUAUAUUGUAAUUUAAAAAAAAAAAUUAUUUAAAAUAAAUAACGUGCAGCUCAGUUGAAUUUACAUUUUGAAAAGUCCAUCUCUGGAUGCUGUU